AGGUCCGCUACCCACGUGGGGGCUCAGCGUGCAUCCUUCUUUGUGCUCGGGUUAGGAGGAGCUAGGCUGCCAUCGGACCGGUGCAGAUACGGGGUUGCUCUUUUGCUCAUAAGAGGGGCUUCGCUGGCAGUCUGAAGGGCAAGCUUGAGUCAGGACCCUUAAUUAAGAUCCUCAAUUGGCUGGAGGGCAGAUCUCGCGAGUAGGGUACAAGGCACUAUGAAAUGAUCUAGUUACGUGGGUGAGGGGCUGAAGGGCCUAUGAUGCACGGAGGCGGGGAAAGGAUUUAGAGAUAACAUGGUUUGAAAGGCGGGACCUGGUGCGGGGACGCUCUUGAGCGGAGUCUUCUCCCCAGGCUUAGCUGGUUUCAUGAUUUCUUUGCGUCUGUAGGCAACGCGGUAAAAAUACUGCUUUGGUGGGCGACGCGGUACAGGUGCCGAAGAGCGUUCGUUACGGGAAUGCCGAAGCGUGGGAAAAAGGGAGCGGUGGCAGAAGACGGGGAUGAGCUCAAGACAGGUAAGAGAAUAAAAUGAGCCCCUCUUCCUAGAAGCUACGGCGGGGGUGUUUGUAAUUCCCUUGAUGAACGGUAAGUGCGGGCCGACUCAUUUUUGCAGGGGUUUGUGAAGACGCAGUAACCGCAGGCUUUCGUUGGGUCCAUGGUUAACGCCGGAUCGCGGUUGGAAACCACCCACUUUUUGUCAGUAUAUAUUACUCAUUUUAUAGAGCCAGAGCCCAAGAAGAGUAAGACGGCCGCAAAGAAAAAUGACAAGGAGGCAGCAGGAGAGGGCCCAGCCCUGUAUGAGGACCCCCCCGAUCAGAAAACCUCACCCAGUGGCAAACCUGCCACACUCAAGAUCUGCUCUUGGAACGUGGAUGGGCUUCGAGCCUGGAUUAAGAAGAAAGGAUUAGAUUGGGUAAAGGAAGAAGCCCCAGAUAUACUGUGCCUUCAAGAGACCAAAUGUUCAGAGAACAAACUACCAGCUGAACUUCAAGAGCUGCCUGGACUCUCUCAUCAAUACUGGUCCGCUCCUUCGGACAAGGAAGGAUACAGUGGCGUGGGCCUACUUUCCCGCCAUUGCCCACUCAAAGUUUCUUAUGGCAUAGGCGAGGAGGAGCAUGAUCAGGAAGGCCGGGUGAUUGUGGCUGAAUUUGACUCGUUUGUGCUGGUAACAACGUAUGUACCUAAUGCAGGCCGGGGUCUGGUACGACUGGAGUACCGGCAGCGCUGGGAUGAAGCCUUUCGCAAGUUCCUGAAGGGCUUGGCUUCCCGAAAGCCCCUUGUGCUGUGUGGAGACCUCAAUGUGGCACAUGAAGAAAUUGACCUUCGCAACCCCAAGGGAAACAAAAAGAAUGCUGGCUUCACGCCACAAGAGCGCCAAGGCUUUGGGGAAUUACUGCAGGCUGUGCCACUGGCUGACAGCUUUAGGCACCUCUACCCCAACACACCCUAUGCCUACACCUUUUGGACUUACAUGAUGAAUGCUCGAUCCAAGAAUGUUGGUUGGCGCCUUGAUUACUUUUUGUUGUCCCACUCUCUGUUACCUGCAUUGUGUGAUAGCAAGAUCCGUUCCAAGGCCCUCGGCAGUGAUCACUGUCCUAUCACCCUAUACCUAGCACUGUGACACCACCCCUAAAUCACUUUGAGCCUGGGAAAUAAGCCCUCUCAACUACCAUUCCUUCUUUAAACACUCUUCGGAGAAAUCUGCAUUGUAUUUCUCAUCUAUAAAAAUAAGAAUCCUCCAACCAGGCUCCUGUGACAGACUUAGAGUUCUUUUAAGCCCAAGAGUUUUUAUUUGAGGGUUUUUUCUUUUUUAAGAAAAAUUGAACAAAGACUACUAAUGAGUUUGUUUGAAUUAUCCACACGAAAAUAAAGAGCCAUAGUUUCAGC